AUGUGGAAAUCACUGAAUGAAUUAAAACAAGCAUUAAAUGAUCAAAUUAGUUUUUCAUUUCAAUUGGAUGAAAUAAAUAAAUAUUUUUAUCAUGAACAAAUACCGUUAUCAUGGAGAUCAUAUACACCACAAACAAAAGAAUCACUUGGAAAUUGCAUUGAACAUUUUCAGCGAAGGAAUCAACAAUAUGAAAAAUGGAUACAUGAUGAAGGUGCUGAAUGGGAUAUAGAAAAUAAUUCUUUAAUUCAACAAUCAAAUAAACAACUUAUUCAAAUGAUGCCACUGAUUAAAAUUAUACCUAUUGAAACACAUAGAUUGAGCAUGAAUAAUUAUUAA